UCCUUAAUAUAUAUAUUCUAAGUAAUAAGGGAGAGUAGUAGACAAAUAGGGUUGAAUGGCUACAAUGCGAAUGGGCGGCUAUGAUGUUUCUUAUGGUGUAGACAUUAGAAGGAAGGUAUCAAUGGGUGGCUAUGAUCUUCCUGAUGGUGUGGACAUCAGAGGGAGAUACGAUGGUGAAUUUGGUAGAAUCCUUACUAAGGAGGCCUUGCAAUUCGUCGCUGGCUUACAUCGCGAAUUCCGUGGCCAUAUCCGUUAUGCGUUGGAAUGUCGUCGGGAGGCACAACGUAAGUAUAAUGCUGGGAUAUUGCCGGGUUAUGAUCCAGCGACGAGGUAUGUGAGAGAAGGAGACUGGGUUUGUGCGGCAGUCCCACCAGCAGUGGGAGAUCGGAAGGUUGAGAUAACUGGACCUGUGGAGAGGAAGAUGAUAAUCAAUGCACUAAACUCAGGAGCCAAAGUAUUUAUGGCUGACUUUGAAGAUGCACUAUCACCAACAUGGGAGAAUCUGAUGAGAGGACAAGUCAAUCUGAAAGAUGCAGUUGAUGGGACCAUCAGUUACCAUGAUCAUGCCAGGAAUAGGGUGUACAGACUCAACGAGCAGAUUGCCAAGCUUUUUGUUCGCCCUCGAGGAUGGCACUUGCCUGAGGCCCACAUCUUCAUAGACGGUGAGCCUGCUAUUGGCUGUCUCGUCGAUUUCGGCCUCUAUUUUCAUCACAACCAUGCAACUUUCCGGGCCACCCAAGGUGCAGGUUAUGGACCUUUCUUCUACCUUCCAAAAAUGGAACAUUCAAGGGAGGCAAAGAUAUGGAACUGUGUGUUUGAAAGGGCAGAGAAGAUGGCAGGAAUAGAGAGAGGAAGCAUCAGGGCUACUGUCCUGAUUGAGACACUGCCAGCAGUGUUUCAGAUGGAUGAAAUACUGUAUGAGCUUAAGGAUCACUCAGUUGGGUUGAACUGUGGUAGAUGGGACUACAUUUUCAGCUAUGUCAAGACAUUCCAAGCUCACCCAGAUCGCCUGCUCCCUGACCGAGUCCAGGUUGGGAUGGCCCAGCACUUCAUGCGGAGCUACUCUGAUCUCCUCAUCCGAACGUGCCACAAGCGUGGUGUGCACGCCAUGGGCGGCAUGGCAGCUCAGAUUCCGAUCAGAGAUGACCAAUUGGCCAACGAGGCCGCACUGGAACUGGUAAGAAAGGACAAGCUGCGAGAGGUGCGUGCUGGCCAUGACGGCACAUGGGCAGCCCAUCCUGGCUUGAUCCCAACCAUCAUGGAAGUCUUCAUGAACAACACUGGCAAUGUGCCUAACCAGAUCCACACCAUGAAGCGAGAAGAUGCAGCAAGCCUGACCGAAGAAGACCUCCUACAAAGGCCAAAAGGAGUACGAACAAUGGAGGGUCUCCGGCUGAACACGAGGGUUGGAAUUCAGUACCUAGCGGCAUGGAUCACGGGGACUGGGUCUGUGCCUCUAUACAAUCUCAUGGAAGAUGCUGCCACUGCCGAGAUCAGCAGAGUCCAGAAUUGGCAAUGGUUGAAGUACGGAGUGGCUUUGGAUGGUGAUGGUGUUGGAGUGAAGGUGAGUUUGGAGCUCUUUGGGAGGGUGCUGGAAGAAGAGAUGGCAAGGAUUGAGAGAGAGGUUGGUGCAGAAAUGUUCAAACGUGGGAUGUAUAAGGAGGCUUGCAGGAUUUUCACCAGGCAAUGCACUGCUCCUACCCUUGAUGACUUUCUGACUCUAGACGCCUAUAAUCAUAUCGUCAUCCAUCAUCCCAAGGCACCCUCUAGGCUCUAAAUGGUUUCCUCAUCUAUGUAUGCCUACCAGUAUAUUGCAGCCUUCAGGUUUCAUAAGGUUGUUACUGCCAUGUUGUUGGUUGUGUUACUGAUAAUAAAACUCGUCUCUUGGAUA